GCCAGAAUACCUUGUGACGCUUAUGUUGUUCCUUGAAACAAGCAAACAUGUCUGCCUCCAUGGUGAGGGCGACCGUCCGAGCGGUCAGCAAAAGAAGAAUACUGCCAACUAGAGCAGCGUUAACACUGACUCCUGCUGCUGUGAACCAAGUCAGGAUGUUGCUACAAGACAAGCCUGAAUACAUUGGCCUGAAGGUAGGCGUGAGGACCCGUGGCUGUAACGGACUGACCUACACACUGGACUACACAAAGGAGAAGAACCAGGCCGAUGAGGAGGUGCUGCAGGACGGCGUGCGGGUGUUCAUCGAGAAGAAGGCCCAGCUCACCCUGCUGGGCACCGAGAUGGACUUCGUGGACUCCAAGCUUUCUACCGAGUUCGUGUUCAACAACCCCAACAUCAAGGGGACGUGUGGCUGCGGGGAGAGCUUCAGCAUCUGAGAGCGCCGCAGAACAAAGCUGUGAAACCCUAUCCCAGCGUGUCGACCCAGAGGACCGGCGCGGGUGUAAACGUGGGGAUCGGACACACAAAGAGUUCUCUACGACUCUUGACUACAUAGUAUUUUUCUUCUGCCGUUCCCACAGACCUCUAUAGUGUCAUGCACUCCCACAAACAUGUUUCGGCUUAUAUCGUCACACGUUUUUUGAGCUAUGUUUAAACAUUUAAUUCUGUCUGCUGCCCUUUUUUUGUUGAAAGGGAAGCAAACGGGCUGCAAAGGCGCACAGUGUUUUGGAAGUGCUAGGAGCAUCGAGAUUACAUUCAUUCUUUCUUUUGUUUGCAGCCAUUAGGAUCAGGUCUAUGUGCUUAACCCUGCUCUGUAGCUUGUCCAAACGGAGGGUGGGCUGGGACAAAACGUGCUGUGAUCAACGUCUUACUAUGAGCAUCUUUCGGUUUAUAUUUCAACCGGUCCACCAAAGCCGAAAGGGGAAAAUAGCUGAGCGAUGUCAAACUGCCCGCAAGGGACUGAAAUGUGGCCAUGCUCUUACAUUAUUAUGUAGUAGCGAAAAAGUUCCUGUGUCUUGAGAGUGAUUUUGUUAUAAGUUAUUUGUUUUGAAAGUAAAGGGUUUAUAUUUAAGUAGGAGCAUAUAUGAAGAUUGUAAAUUUCCAUGAAUACCGCUACACAACGCACAAUAUGUUAUAUAUAUCCCUCACAGGAAUAUAUGCGGUUUAGUUUGUUGCUUUUUGCUUCAGAUAACUUGAACUUGAUUUUUAUAGACACCAUGCAUCGUUACUGCUACCGAUGCUUCAGAUUUAUGAUCAGAUUGAGAUGUACAAGUGAUAUAAAUCUCUGCAAUAAAUUGAAAUGAGUUAAACUUUGAGGACAGUCUG